CUUUUUAAAGCAGAGAAGAAGACCAUUUCCCUUCAUAUAUUCUCAAACUUUUUUCAAUUUUCUUUUAGGGUUAUACUCCUCCUCAUCCUCUCCAUAGUCUAUACCAUUUUAUUUAACUUUUGCAGAAGAAUUUUUUUGGAAAGAAAGAAGAAUACAGAAACAAUAAUUGAGUGAAAUCAAACAGAAAACUAAAAAUAUUGGAUUUUUAUAACAGUAGAGAGAGAGAUAAAAAGAGGAGAAACCAAAGUAGGGAAAGUCAACAGGGUAUUAAAGUCUGCUUUUAUAUGUUCUCUUAGAGCAAAGGGUUUGUGAGAAUACUUUUCUACUUCUUCAUCUGUGUGUUUCAGAAGAAGGAUUUUGAGAGUAAUAUCAUUUAGUACUAACCCAGAAGUGUUUUUUUUUUUUUUUUGAAGAAAUUCAGGUUUGGGAGUUUUUGAGGUUUGGGUUUUUGUGUUUAAUUGAAGAAGUAGAUGUUGAGAAUUUUGUGAUUGGUUUUAUAUGGAGAAAUUAUGCUGCUUUAAUGCUGCUUAUUCUCAGCUUACAGGAGCACGUGCCGCCGCAUGUGGUUCUGGGAAGGGCCGUCAAGGUCCGAUAAAGUAUGGGUUUAGCCUGGUAAAAGGGAAAGCAAAUCAUCCAAUGGAGGAUUUUCAUGUUGCGAAGUUUGUACAUACUAAAGGACGCGAGGUUGGGCUUUUUGCUAUUUAUGAUGGUCAUUUAGGCGAUACGGUUCCUGCUUACCUACAAAAGAAUUUGUUUUCCAAUAUCUUGAAAGAGGAAGAGUUUUGGACUGAUCCCAGUAGAUCUAUUACAAAGGCGUACGAGAAGACUGAUCAAGCUAUUCUUACACAUAACCCUGAUUUGGGGCGUGGUGGGUCCACUGCUGUUACUGCAAUACUUGUAAACGGUCGAACGUUAUGGGUGGCAAAUGUUGGUGAUUCACGGGGAGUUCUUUCAAAAAAAGGGAUUGCAAGACAGAUGACUACAGACCAUGAGCCGAGUACUGAACGUGGCAGCAUUGAAAACAGAGGGGGCUUCGUCUCCAACAUGCCAGGAGAUGUCCCUAGAGUGAAUGGUCAGUUGGCAGUUUCUCGUGCUUUUGGUGACAAGAGUCUCAAGUCACACUUGAGUUCAGUUCCAGACAUACAACAUGCAGACAUCGACCCUGAAACAGAUAUUCUCAUUCUUGCAAGUGACGGUCUUUGGAAGGUCAUGAGUAAUCAAGAGGCGGUUGAUAUUGCGAGAAAGAUCAAGGACCCACAAAGAGCAGCAAAGCAACUAACUGUGGAAGCUCUGGAAAGAGACAGUAAAGAUGAUAUAUCUUGCGUCGUCGUGCGUUUUAAGGGUUAACUCAAACUGCUAAUAAACCCUAGUUGUGCGACUUAUAUAUGUACUUGAGGAUUUUACAAGACUGGUACCUCGUGCGGAUGAGAAUUUCGUUGAAGCCCCAGGUAAGUAUGGAAUUUUAAAAAUCAAAAUAGAAAAGAAAGAAAACAAAUCGAAAUCAAAAACAGGUGACGUAUAUUCUUCACCUCUGUAAAUUCAUAAUUCUCUUCUUAUUUAGGUUGUGUGUUGUUUGAUAUUGAUUGAUUUACCGGAGCAUGGCUUCCUUAAUGGCAGGGGCAUGAUAUUAAGUAAUUUUUUUGUGCUAAUUUUGAUUUUGUCAUUUAUUUGUGUUUAACUAAAUGUUCCUGCAAAAUUGCGCUUUUGAAGUGUACCUGUAUAUUUAUUAGAAAGAAUUGCUCUUUAGAAUG